AUGUUGGUGUUUGAAGGGGCUGAAGAGUUGAGGCUGGAGGAUGGCAGCGGGUGCUGUGCUGGGAGAGUGGAGGUGAAACACCAGGGCCAACUGGGGACCAUGUGUGACGAUUCCUGGGACAUGGCCGAUGCUGCAGUGGUUUGUAAGCAGCUGGGCUGUCGGUCUGCUGUUAAAGCUCCUAAGUACAGACACUUUGGCUCAGUAUCUGGCCCCAUUUGGAUGGAUGAAGUUCACUGUCGUGGCACCGAGUAUGCCCUGUCUGACUGUAAACAACAUGGAAGGGAUCAACACAACCGUAAUCACGGUCGGGAUGCUGGAUUGAUGUGUUCAGGAUUUUUCCGGCUGGUCAGAGAGGACAGCCCCUGCUCAGGAUGCAUGGAGAUCCAUGAUGGAACCCAGUGGAAAACUGUCUGUGACUCAGAUUUUGCUCCCAAAGCUGCUGACAUGGUCUGCAGGGAGUUACAGUGUGGCACAGCCCUGUCUGUCCCCAGAGCAACUCACUUUCGAGAAG